AUGGUAAUUGCAGAGACAAAGCGACAAAUGCAUGAAACAAUGGAAAUGAAGGAGGAGGAGAUAGCCCAACUGCGUGCUCGGAUCAAGCAAAUAACUACAAAAGGCGAGGAAUUAAAAGAACAGAAAGAAAAAUCUGAAAAAGCUGCUUUUGAAGAGCUUGAGAAGGCUCUCAGUAUUGCCCAAAAGACAGAGGAAGCCCGGAAAAAAUUGCAGGCAGAAAUGGAUGAAAAAAUCAAAGCAGUAGAAAAGGCAAGUGAGGAAGAGAGGGUAAAUCUUCAACGGGAGUUAACCAGAGUGAAACAAGAGGUGGUUGAGAUUAUGAAGAAGUCUUCAGAGGAGCGUGUUGCUGAACUAGAAAAAUUCCAUAAAAAAGAAAUCGCUACCAAAGAUCAGGAGCUAAAUGAAAGAUUAGAGGCCCAAGAAAAGAUGUUCCAGGAGAAGAUGAAGGCAGCUCUUGAAAAAAAUCAGAGUGAGUGUUUAAAAACUCUUAAAGAACAAAAGCAGCAAGAAUCCCUAGCCUUAGAAGAAUUAGAGCUGCAGAAGAAAGCGAUACAGUCAGAGUGUGACAAGAAAGUUCAGAAGAUGCAUCAAGAAGUAGAGACUUUUAGAACUAGGAUUCUUGAACUAGAAAGCUCUCUUGCAAAGUAUUCACAAGAUGACAGAAAGCAUUCAGAGGAAUUAAAUACUCUGGAGUCUGAAAAAAAGCAGCACAAUAAGGAAAUCAAUGAUAUAGUUGAAAAACACAAGAAAGAAUUGGAGAAUGUGAAACAGCAGCAGGAAAAGCUUUGGACAGAAAAACUUCAAAUCUUAAAGCAACAACAAGUAAAUGAAAUAGAAAAAAUUAGAGAGAAACAAGAACAAGACAUAGAUACAAUUUUGAAAGAGAAAGAAGCUGUUUUUCGUGCACACAUAGAAGAGAUGAAUGAAAAAACAUUAGAAAAACUUGAUGUGAAACAAACAGAAUUAGAAGCACUGUCUUCUGAGCUAUCAGAAGCACUAAAAAUACGUCAUGAUUUAGAACAAGAGCUCUCAGAAUUGAACAUUAAAGUGUAUGAAGCAAAGCAAGAAUUGGAAGGGAAGUUGGAAGAAGAGAGGAAACGGCACAAUGAAGAGGUUGAAAUAAUGUUAAAAGAGCACGAAAUGUCUAUUCAAGGCGUCGAGAAGUUACUCAAAGAGGAACUCAACAAACUCAAGCAAUCAUUGGAGGAGAAAGACAGACAUCUGGAGGAACUAAAAGCACAUGAACAGAAACUAAAGGAAUCUGCAGAAAGAUCUGAAGCUGAACUUGUUCAAGUGUCUGCAAAGCUAGAGGAGAUUUCUGAGUCUCAUCAGAGAACUGCUGAUGAGCAGGCAAAGAUUUAUGAAGGGGAAUUAGCAAAGCUGCAGCAGAAGCUGACAGAUCUUGAAGGUGAAAAAUUGCAACUUAAUGAGCAGCUAGAAAGAGCUGAAUCCCAGCUGAAUGAAGUCAAGAAUGAGUUAGAGGCGUACAUCUCUCAGGUACAUGACCUGAAGCAGCAUUUGCAAGAGCAAAGCAAUCAAAAUACACAAAAAGUAACCUCUCUAACACAACAAUAUGAAUGUCAACUGAGGGAUCUACAAGGAGAGGCUGAUGAGACAAAGAGAACUCUAACCGAGAAGGAAAAUGAAAUUGAACACAUGAAGUUACAGAAUAAGCAAGUGGAAGAGCUUAAACAGGAAUUGAUAGCUGCAGAGGAGAGAAUUAGUGCUUUACAAGGAGAUUAUGAAAGUAAAUUGAAACAUCAGGAGAACAAAAUGGAGAAAAUUAAACAGAAAUCAAAAGAUAUGCAGGAAACUUUCAAAAAGAAACUUGCUGAGCAGGAAGCUAAACUAAAGAAAGAGCUUGAAAACAAACAGUUGGAGUUCAGUCAGAAAGAGAGUGAAUUCAAUGCUAAAAUGUUGGAAAUGGCACAUGCCAGCUCAGCCGGAAUCAAUGAUGCCGUGUCAAAACUGGAAUCUAAUCAGAAAGAGCAACUAGAGAGUCUUGCUGAGGCUCAUAGGAAGGAGGUGGAAGAAAUUACCCAGAGUUGGGAAAAGAAACUCAAUCAGCAGGUUGAAGAGCUCCGGGAAAAACACGAAAUGGAACUGCAAGAGAAAGAGCAGGAAGUUGGAGACCUGAAACAGAAACUUGCCACCUUCAGUGCUGAGAAGGAGGGCUCCAGAACAGAAAUAACCCGACUGAAGGAAGAACAGGUGAAAAGGGAGGAGUCCCUGAAGGAAUUGCAGGAACAACUAAGGCAGUCAGUGGCUAGGGUGAAUGCUUUGUCAGAUAAGGAAAGUGACCUAGAAACACAGUUGAAAAAAAUGGAAAGUGAUCUUAAUCAGUCCUUGAAAGAGCAGUCAGGACUUCAGGAACAGCUCAGUAAACAGAAAGAAGUUGAAGAAAAGGACAAAGACAAAAUUACCGAGCUGGCUGAUGCACUGAAAACACUUGAAGAGAAACUCCAAACUGUGCAGUCUUCUCAGUAUAAAGAUCAUGAAAAUUAUGAGAAAAAAAUAGAGGCCAUUCAGCUAAAAGAAACAGAGUUUAAAAGGUGGUCAGGAGAACUUGCAGCCCAGUUAGACACUUAUUGGAAGAAUGCUGAAGCUUUAUUGCAAACAAAAAGCAAUGAAUUAAUUGAAAAAUGUAAUGAAAAAAUUGGUAUAGUAACAUGCAAAAUUGCAGAUUGUGAGCGCCGAACUGCAAAAGUUAAAGAAGCAGUAUUAACUAAAAUGACUAAGAUUCCUGAACUAGAAGCUCAACUUAGAGAAGUAACAGAGCAUCAUUCUGCUGCAAGAACUUCUUUGCAAAAGUCAGUGCAACAGCUGCAAGAGAAGGACAAUUUAAUUAUGUCCAUGAGAGCUGACAUUGAAGGACUUGUAACAGAAAAGGAACAAUUGCAGAAAGAGGAAGGGCAUCAGCAGCAAGCAGCGUCAGAAAAAGAAAUGUGCAUAACACAGCUGAGGAAAGAGUUAUCUGAAAAUAUCAAUGCUGUCACCUCAAUGAGGGAGGAACUCCAGGAAAAAGAAUCUGAGGUCUCUGCUCUCAACAAAACGAUUAAUGACCUUAAUGUAAGUUUAACGGAGAAGGAAGCAGCCAUGUCUUUGUUAAGCAAGCAGCAUCAAGAGGAUCGGUUGCAGUUGUUAAACCAGUUACAGGAGUUAUCGUCCAGAGUUGAGGCGCUGAGUCAAGACAAAGCAUCAGCUCUGGAGCAGGUAGAUCAUUACACAGCCAAGCUGUCAGAGUGGAAGAUGAAAGCACAAACCAGGUUUAUGCAAAAUCAUGAUACUAUUAAAGAUUUGCAGAGCAAACUUGAAUUAAGCAAUACUGAAGCCAAUAAAAAGGAUGAAGAGCUAAAUAAGCUGAAGGAGCAGCUGACUAAACAAAGCAAGAAUCUUGAUAGUUUAAAAAGUGAAUUGGAACAAAAGCAAAACGGGAGGGAAAAGCAAGAAAAUGAGUUAACUGCAAAGUUAAAAAACCAAGCAGCAAGAAUUGCUGAACUAGAACAACACAUAGCUCAGAAAACUUCAGAAAAUGAUUCCUUGAUGGAGGAACUUAAAAAGUAUAAUGAACAAAAAAACAUAGAGCAAAAAGAGAUAGCUUGGCAACUCCAGCAGGCAGAGAAGGUGGCUUUUGAAAAGGAUAAUAGAUUUAAGGAGGCAGAAGAAAAAGUGCUUAAUCUGGAGAAGCAAGUAAGUUCACUGAAAGCUGAAUUUGAAGCAAAGGAGAGGGAAUUUGAUCAAAUUAAGUCAGCGAUACUUAAAAGCAAAGAGGAAGAACUGAAAGAAUUAGAAGAGAGACUGAAUGCAGAGAACAGCACUAAGCUGGCAGAUCUGAAAAAGAAGGCAGAGCAAAAAAUUGGUUCUAUUAAAAAGCAAUUGAUGUCCCAGAUGGAAGAAAAGGAACAGCAAUUUAAGCAAGAUAAAGAAAAUCAGUUAAGAGACUUGGAACAAAAAGUGCAGGAGAGAGAGGCCAAAAUUGAGUCCUUAGAAGAAAAAAUUAAAUCAACAAGAAAUUCCACAGAAUUAGAGAAAGAAAUGCUGCAAAAAGUAGAGAGUGUAAAAGCUGCUGUAGAGCAAGAAAAAAAUAGCAUGCUUGAGAGCAUCCAACACACAUAUGAAGAGAAAUUGCGUGUGUUACAGAAGGGCUUAACUGAAAAAGAUGAAUUGUUGCAGAAGUAUGAAAAAGAACAACGAGAGAGUAAUGACUCUCGUCUAGAACUGCAAAACAAACAGGAAGAACUCCUUAAAAAACUAGAAUGUGUGGAGAAGAGACAUCAGGAGGAGCAGAGGAGGACUGAAAACCUCAGGAAAGAACUUGAGGAGCAAACCAAAAAAUACUCAUUGUUAGUGGAUGAGCAUGCCAGUUGUGGUGGUGAUUUAGCAAGCAGUAGGGAAGAAUUAAAAGCUAAAGAACAAAAACAUCUUGAUAUGGAGACUGUAAUUGGAGAAUUCCAGAAAAAAUUGCAGGAAAAGGAGGCAGUCAGUCAGUCUUUAGAACAGAAGGUAAAAGAGUUGGAAAAUAAUCUAAUGAAAGAAAAUGAAGUGCGUAAGAUUGAGAUGGAAGAUAUGAGUUUAAGAUAUGAAGAAAAGCUAAAAAGUUUACAGCAACAGUUGGAUGAAAGAAGUGACACCCUGAAAGCUUUUGAGGAAAAUGCUGAAGAAAAGGCUAAAUCUGGUUUGGAGCUGCAGGAGUUACUAGGUGAUAUGCAGAACCAGCAGAAGGACUUGCAGACUAAGCUAGAAGAGGCUGAAAGGGAGAAACAGAAACUACGCAAAGAAGUGAAUAAUCUUCAAAAAGACUUACGUACUCUGCGAAAAGAACAUCAGCAGGAGCUUGACAUAGUAAAGAAGGAGUCCUUAGAAGAAAUGGAGCAGAAAAUGAGAUGUGAACAAGAAGAUACUGAGUUAAAGCACAACUCCACCUUAAAGCAGUUGAUGAGAGAGUUCAAUACUCAGCUGGCUCAAAAAGAAAGAGAAUUGGAAACAGCAGUAAAAGACACAAUCAGUAAAGCCCAGGAAGUAGAAACUGAAUUGAUAGAAAGUCAUCACAUAGAGACAACACAGCUGCAUAAAAAAAUUGCUGAAAAAGAUGAUGAUCUAAAAAGAACUGUAAAAAAAUAUGAAGAAAUCCUUGAGGCUCGUGAAGAAGAGAUGACAGCAAAAGUUCAUGAGUUGCAGGCACAGCUAGAAGACUUGCAAAAGGAAUACAAAAAAAGAAUGGCAGAAGAGGAAUGUUGGAACAGUGAAAAAGUCACAAUAACAGAACUUCAGGCACAGCUUGCACAGAAGACAACACUAGUCAAUGAUUCAAAACUGAAAGAGCAGGAGUUCAAAGAGCAGAUUCAUGUACUGGAAGACCGGCUGAAAAAUUAUGAGAAGAAUAUGUACGUCACAUCAGUUGGAACACCAUACAGAGAACCAAGUCAGCUGUGCAGCCCCACCUGCACAUGGGAUUUGGGUGGUCACUGCUCGCACUUAGUACUGGAGGGAAAGGAAAAGGCAGCGGGGAAAGAAAAGCGGAGACUGGAAGGGGGAAAGCCACCUGUACAGGCUGCUCAGCUUUCACCUCUGCUCCUGAGCUGGUGGCAGUCCCCUGCCCGUGCUGCUGCCGCUGCCUCUGGAAAAGGACCCAGACGUGGCUCCCCGCCACCUUUGCACAGAGCGAGGUCCAGCCGUGAAACACGCCUGCUUCAUGGGGCAGUGCUGGUGCUGGAGGAGGCCAGUUUGGCCUCAGCACUAAGAAACAAUGCAAGCAAGCAUGGAUGGGGACGAAGACUGAUACAUUGCUGUCUCCCCCAGCUGUCCUUGCCUCGCAAGGGGUUGCUGUGUCUUUGCAGAGGCACCAGGGUGCAAAUAGCGGCUGGGACACAGCUUGGGCCGGACAGAAGCACUUGUCACCCCUCUGCAGACACUCACGCGAGCGCUAAGGGGCCCCGGUGUGUCUCGGACAAGGCAUUAGUGUGUUCCCUCGCCGAACCAGCUGUGGUUAGUGGCCUGCAGGGACAUUCUGAAGACAGACCUCCUGCCAAGUGUCCUCGCCCCCUCAGCCCCCCGCACAGCUCCUCCAACUUUUGCCUUCAACUACAGCGCAGGCAGGAUAAAGAACAUCCUAGGAGGAGGACAGCCGGAAGGAUGAAAGGCUUUUAUGAGCGGUAA